AUGGGAGUUGAAGCUGAGCGACGUACUUUUGAUUUUUUCAAAAAACAUCAUCACAAACAUCGAAAAGAGGAUCAUCAUGAUCAGUAUUUAGAUGAUAACGACUUUGAUGACUAUCAUCAUCAUUCGAAAUUACAUCAUGGAGGUCAUUAUCAUAGUCCUAGUAUCCACAUCCAUGUACCUGGUGUUCACGGAUAUGGUAUUGGUGAAUCAAGAUUUCAUGGAGGAAUAAUACCAACAUCGAAGUUUCAUUCAAAUAAUUUCCAUGGAGUCAGUAGAGGAUACUUUGGUGAAAAUCAUUUCGACAGUGGACUUUUCGAUGAAGGACUUGAGAAUAAUUUCCUUGGCCAUGAUGAAGGAGUUCAUGAUGAUGAUUAUGGAGAAGUUCAUGGGUUCGAUGGUCAUCAUCAUGGAAGUCAUUUUUCACAUUUUAGAUAA